GGCUUGCCUGCGGAAAGGAAGGCUUCGCAGGACCGACAAUCAGCAGCCUCUGCAUGCACAGAAGACUUAGGCCUCUCUGCAGCAUUGUCUAAAAGGAGACACUCGGGCCACGGCGUUCAAUCUUCAUCCAAACCCUGUCCGUUCUAGUUGCUCCUUAGCACCCUGGCCCAGAUGCUACAGCGCACUCCAACUCUGCUGGACUACCACUGCGCCUAGCCUUAAUAUCAGUCUGCUUUGCCGCGCCGUGUGAACUCGAACAACUUCCAUCUCGCGGCCCGCGAGCUUUGUCACUCACUCGGCAACACGAUUUGGCUUUCUGCAACACGUCGAUCGUCAUGGACUACACACAGUUCUUCGCCCAGACGCCCCAACCCUUCUUCGGCUUCAUGGCAACUGCAUCGACGUACAGCGGCGAAUCUGAUAAGAUCGGCCCCACGGUCAGUUUCUUGCGUUGAGUGACGUUGCCAUUUGAAAUUCUUUCGCUUGGGUGCUUUCAUGAAGUUCCCCAGGUCCUCUCCUUGCACCGAGAUCCCUUCCAUGAAGCGUACAUCUUAAAACGUCCCUCUGCUGACGGCCACGUCCGACAGGACAACGUCGACACCUCCUUCUUUGCACAGAGUGCGUUCGACAGCUUCACUUUUUCACCCCGUCUCAUGUCGACAACGGCAGACAUGAAUCCUAGCACGGCACCUAUGUCGGUCAUAUGUAAUGUCGAUAGUCGCUUCAGCACCGACGGUGUGGAAUUUCCGCAAACAGAUGCGAACAAGGCCGGUCCACACAGCGAAAGACGCAGUAGCAGUGAGGAGAAGGACGGUCUAACGCCUGCGCAAAACAGGCGGAAGGCUCAGAAUCGUGCUGCACAGCGAGCCUUUCGAGAGCGAAAGGAAAAACACGUCAAGGAUCUGGAAGCGAGGCUCUCGGAGCUUGAAACGUCCGCAUCCGUUCUUGCAUCUGACAACCAAAGACUAAAGCUGGCCCUUCAACGAGCAACCACGGAGAACGAAAUCUUACGAGCAACUUCGAGACCCAAUUCAAUAUAUGGGAUUUCACAUCCUCUGUCGCCGAAUCCGAAUGAGCAAUCUGACCAAACCGACUAUUCCUACAACUCCACGGGUUCAGGCCAAUCUCCCGACGGUGGCGAUGUACUUCUACCCGCAUCAGCUACCUGGGACCUCAUUCAAGGCCAUCCUCUGGUCCGACAAGGCUUUGUGGACAUUGCUGAUGUCUGCGAGCGGUUACGAGGAGCAGCCCGAUGUGAUGGCUCCGGACCUGUCUUUGCCGAACGCGUGGUUAGACGAGCGAUCGAAGAGAGUAAACGCGCGGGAGGGGAUGAGCUAAUAUAGAUCCCGAACUUUUGAUUUGUAGUUUUGAAAAACCUGGUAGCGCUGGAAAUGAACCAUUUACGAUUUGGCGAAGAACUGGCUACGUGGCCGACGCGGCGUUACAUGGCAGACAAUUGUUAUACCCUAGGAACUUUUUCGUACAAUCAAGCAUCUGCUCGCAAUGUAGCAGCACAUUAUGACACGUAAA